ACUAGCAAUCAGCUGAUUCUGCAAGCCACAACAAAACUACUGACAGGACGUCAAUAGAGCUGCUGCGAAAAAUUUCCCCGUGAAUUAACCGCCCAAACGUCGUUGAAUUUCAUCUGUACACCUUCAUAUCUACCUCACGCCAAUCUCAAACAGCUGCUCUGCCUUCCCAAGAAUCUGUUGGUGACACUGUGAAGAGGAAUAUUACGUUUUUCAGGUUCUGAUAUUCUGCAUUGUGUGAGUUAAGAACAAGUUAGCUGUGCCAAGAUGUUCAGCGCUGUGACAAACCUACUGUUCGGUGCUAGUGAGGAGGUCGGUGCCUGCGACCUGAGGACCUCUACACUAGAUGAUGACUGGGUGCUAGUUGAACUACCUGCGGGUAUGAAUAUACAACAAAUGGAGAAGGAGACGGAGGCCCUGACUCAAUCCAGGCCUGGCGACCGUCCGUCGACUUCCUCCUCCCCGGUUCCCAUUCCUGAAAACCAUCCUGUGGAAGAGAGUUGGUUUGUCACCCCGCCUCCAUGCUUCACCGCUGGUGGUCAAUCCCCCGUUGCCAUGGAAACCAACCCCAUGGAGAACUUGCUCAUAGAGCACCCGAGCAUGUCGGUCUACGUCCAACAACGGUCGUCCCGCAAUAGCUCGGGGGAAACGACGGAAUCUAGUGACUCUAGCGGGCAGCAUCAACAGCAAAGAAGAGAUGUGGUGCACAGGCCGCCGCAGAGGGCGGCCGCCAUCGCGGCCAGGGUAGGGAUCGUAGAGCAGGCCAAGAUGAAACGGCACGCUCAACGGGUCCAGGAGCGCCACGAGAAGAAGGCGAACAGCAAGACCAACCUGCAGCGUGCCAACCUGACCAGCUGCCGUCCCAUCCGGGCUUCCCGCCACAACCGCAACCGGGGGCUGAUGUGCAAGCAGCCACAGGGCCGCGUCAACAAGGGCAGGUGCUAAAGUCAGUGCCUUGGGCUCUGCUGAAGCCACCAUCGGCUGUCUUUUCAGUUUGAGCCUGUUUAUCAAGAGUGUGAUCGACUUCGGCCCAGACCCAGUGUAGCCUAGUAUUUGUUUUCAUCUAUCAUAAACCAUCCUUCACAAUUUUAAACUGUUAUAGUUUCCCCAAAGUUUAAUAGUGACGACUGUUGAUGACAUAUGUUGAGGAAAAGCAGUGCAUCAGUUUGGCAGUUGUGUGUAACAGUUUGUGUGAUGCAUGAUGACUAAGCAGACUUAUCAUAAGCAAGAUACAAACAAACGAUCCUAAAAAAACAGUGUGUGCAUAAUUGUUCCGUUAUAUCAACAAAAUUCGGGCUCUCAGGGAAAAUGAAAAUAACUUUGAACAUCUCAUUAUUUUUCUCAAUUUUUGUUGCCCUGUGUUAAGGGUGGAAAUGACACUUUAUGUUACUUAACCGUUAUGUAUAGUCAUGUAUGUAUGUACUCAGAAACCCUGUAUGAUAUCUAGUGUGUAGUUUGGGAUUGUACAGUAUUGUUUGUGACAAAUUUCAACCACAAUGACUUUUACCACGAAUGCCCUCAGCAAAACAACAACUCAGAUCACAAGGGCUUUGGUGACACUAGAACGUAUUUGUACGGUACAUAAUUCACUUGUUGGACCAAUUGCACAUAUGGUAGUAGCUGUAAUAUAUUCAGGGUGUGAAUUCUACUUCCACCUCAUUCAAUAUUGAAAAUUGUAAAAAAAAAUUCUAUGGUUACAUCUCUGGUAGAUGGUACAAAAGUUGUGACGUGUGGGUAGACAUAUUUAACCAUAGCUAUGCAAAGGUAUAUAUAUCUGGUCUAUUUAUGAUGGCGUGAAUGAGCUUAUUGUUAACCCCUAGGUGUGUUAACCCUUGAUACAUCCAGUGUUCUUACUGCAUUAUUAUUAAGUGGAAUUGAAUGUUUGGGUGCAGGCAGGGUGUGUAUGUGUUUUAUGAGCAACAAACUUUUUCCCCAAGUUGCAAGCUGAAGUUAUGAAAGAAGAUAAGCCUUUCCAAUAAAAAGAUGACAUGGUGCUAUGUUAAAA